CCAUGGAGUAAUCUGGAGAUGAAGACAAGGACGGUGGCAGCUGAAGUAAGGAAGCAAGUGUCCCGGGAAUAUGGCAACUCCCCCCAGCUUUCCAAGAAGCGUGGUGGCACCCCACAGUCGGUGCCUCUGACAGAAGUGGUGGAGCCAAUAGACUUUGAGGAGUACCUUUGCAGCCACCUGCCAGAUGCUGAGCCUGGCCCUCUUCGUGACCUGGUUGAAUUUCCUGCUGAUGACCUGGAGGUGGUCCAUGAACCCCGGGACUGCCGAACGCUGGAACCUGGAGUCCCUGAAGAUGGGAAGCAGGAUGCACGCGUACGAGAUGCUGUUCAAGUCUACACAGAAGACUGGGUCAUUGUCCAGAGAAAGUACCAAAGGCUAAGCACCAUGUACAAUGCCGUUACUGCUGAGAGGCAAAAGGACAGGCAGAAGGGGCUACCUAGUCAAGUCUUCGAACUAGAUGAAGUAACUGAAGAGCGGAGUAGUCAGGGGGAGCCGGAUGAGAAGCGCUGCUCUGCCUCCAUGGAUGACACACCGCGAGGCAGCUGGGCCUCCAGCGUCUUUGACUUGAAGAACUCCGCAGCUGACUUCUUGUUGCGCUCGCUCCUGGUGCGCACCGCCAUCGAAGAGACCGACCGUACCAAUGAGGAGCUGCGAAAGAAGAACCGGCACAGUGAGAUCCUGGCUCUUUACCCUGCUCCUGAUGAGGAUGAGGCAGUAGAACGCUGCAGCAUCCCGGAAGUUCCAAAGGAGCACUUUGGCCAGAGGAUCCUAGUGAAGUGUUUGUCUUUGAAGUUUGAGAUCGAAAUCGAGCCCAUCUUUGGAGCCCUGGCACUCUACGAUGUGAAAGAGAAGAAAAAGAUCUCUGAGAACUUUUACUUUGAUCUGAAUUCGGAGCACAUGAAGGGCCUCCUGCGGACUCACAUUGCCCACCCUGCCAUCUCCACGUUGGCACGUUCGGCUAUCUUCUCCCUCACUCAUCCUUCUCCAGAUAUAUUUUUGGUGAUCAAGCUGGAGAAGGUGCUGCAGCAAGGAGACAUCAGCGAGUGCUGUGAGCCGUACAUGGUCAUGAAAGAAACGGAUGCUCUGAAGAACAAGGAGAAGCUGGAGAAGCUGCGACUGGCAGGAGAGCAGUUCUGCGCCCGCUUGGGGCGGUACCGCAUGCCAUUUGCCUGGACUGCCAUCCAUCUCAUGAAUAUAAUCAACAGUACUGGUAUGCUGGAGAGAGACACCUCUGACUCUGAGAGCGAUCGCAAAGGCACCUGGAAUGAGCGCAAGAGGAAAGCUUAUGAGCGCAUGGGUGUUGGGGAGGAGACGUGCAGCUUCAACAACUUCCGCCCAGCUACCCUCACGGUCACCAAUUUCUUCAAGCAGGAGGGCGAUCGCCUCAGUGAUGAAGACCUGUACAAAUUCCUGGCAGAUAUGAGGCGGCCAUCUUCUGUUCUUAGGAGGCUCCGGCCAGUCACAGCCCAACUCAAGAUUGACAUUUCACCAGUGCCAGAGAGCCCCCAUUACUGCCUGUCCCCUGAACUGCUGCAUGUCCAGCCCUAUCCUGACCUCCGUGUCCGACCCACCAAGGAGAUCCUUGAGUUCCCAGUCAGGGAAGUCUACACACCUCACACAACAUAUAGGAACCUGCUCUACAUUUACCCCCAAAGCCUGAACUUCAGCAGCCGUCAGGGUUCGGUGCGGAACAUCACAGUGAAGCUACAGUUCAUGGCUGGAGAGGACCCUGGGCAAGCCAUGCCAGUUAUCUUCGGAAAAUCAAGUUGCAGUGAAUUUGCAAAGGAGGCCUACACAACUGUUGUGUACCAUAACAAGUCCCCUGAGUUCUAUGAGGAGUUCAAGCUGAAGAUCCCAGCCAACCUGACGGAUAACCACCACCUGCUGUUUACCUUUUACCAUAUCAGCUGUCAACAGAAGCAAAAUACACCUCUGGAGACUCCCGUUGGCUACACAUGGAUCCCCCUCAUGCAACACGGGCGGCUGAGGACCGGCCAAUUUUGCCUGCCUGUAUCUGUUGACAAGCCUCCACCCAGCUACUCGGUGCUCACCCCUGAUGUGCAGCUGCCUGGCAUGAAAUGGGUGGAUAAUCACAAGGGUGUCUUCAAUGUGGAGGUGUUGGCAGUCUCUUCUGUCCACACUCAGGACCCAUUCCUGGACAAGUUCUUCACUUUGAUCCAUGUGCUGGAAGAAUACACCUUUCCCUUUCGAUUAAAGGAUGUGAUCCUAACGGAGAACAACAUGGAGUCUGAGCUGAAAUCGAGUGUGGGCAACCUACGGGUGGCUAGCGUAGAGCCCCUGGUUGCCUUCAGUCACCAGGUCCUCAACAAGCUCAUCCAACUCAUUGUGUACCCACCUGUCAUUGCCGGGCAGAUUGUCAACUUGGGUCGUGCUGCCUUUGAAGCUAUUGCAGUGAUAGUGAACCAGAUCCACAAGAACCUGGAGAGCAGCCAGGACCAACAUGGCCACAACCAUCUGCUAGCCUCUUACAUCUUCUAUGUUUUCCGUCUGCCGGUGGUGGAGCCAAGCUUCCCAGAGACUGGAAUGCCACCCCACUGUGGCCCCAUCCAGUAUGCCACCUUGUCCCGCACAACUGGACGUCCUGUCAGCCUUAAUCUCUCUCGUUCCAAAAGCAUCAGCAACAGCAAUCCUGACCUGACCACCACACCAAACUCCCCCGAUGAGGAGGUUCAGAAGAUCCUUGGCAGCAAGGGGAUCGACCGCUCUCACUCCUGGGUCAACUCAGCUUAUGCUCCUGGAGGCCCAAAGUCUGUGCUUCGUAGGAAUCAUCCAAACUCCAGCUCGGACCUGAAGCAGGCUGCAGAGCGAGCACCUAAUCGCAUCUCCUCCUAUCUUGAGGGCUCCACUUUUCCUCCGGCCACCCCGAUGAGACCAACAACCAAAAAGCUGCUUCAUGAAGAACUGGCCUUGCAGUGGGUGGUGAGCACCAGCUCCGUGCGGGAGGCCGCCUUGCACCAAGCCUGGUUCUUCUUUCAACUCAUGGUGAAGAGCAUGGCGCACCAUCUAUUCCUGUGUGACAAGCUAGAGGCUCCUCGCAAACUACGCUUCCCUGGUCGCUUUGUUGAUGACAUCACAGCCCUGGUGUGCACCAUCAGUGCUGAAAUUGCUAGCCGUUGCCAGAAGGACGUGGAGCUGGUGGAACAUCUUAACAGCAGCCUGGCGUUUUUCCUCAAUGACCUGCUGUCCUUCAUGGAUCGUGGCUUUGUCUUUAUGCUUCUGCGUUCCUAUUACAAGCAGAUCAACAACCGGCUGCUGACCACCCAGAACCCCAAUGCUCUCAUUGCCCUGAGGAUGGACUUGAUCCGUAUCAUCUGUAGCCACGAGCACUAUGUCACUUUGAACCUGCCGUGCAGUGGCCUCUCCCCACCUGCUUCUCCAUCUCCCUCUGUCUCUUCCGCAACCUCCCAGGGUUCAGCCUUCUCCAGCCACACACAGGACCAGCGAGUGGCCAGCAUGUUUGAGCUCUCUGUGGCCUUUCGGCAGCAGCACUUCCUGGCGGGGCUGGUGCUGACGGAGCUGGCGCUCAUCCUGGAGCCCGAUGCAGAGGGGGCCUUCUUCCUGCACAAGAAGGCCAUUGGUACUCUGCACAACCUGCUGUGCAGCCAUGACUCAGACACCCGCUACAUGGACUGUAUUGUGCGGGAGCAUGUGGCUCAGCUCUACUUGCCUCUGAUUGGGAUCAUCAUGGACGCCCUGCCCCAGCUCUACGACUUCACAGAGAGCCUCAGCCAACGAGGGCGGCUGGCCUCUGUGAUGGUUGAGGACGGAGACGGAGAUGGCAGCACCAUUAGCCAGUCCGUCGCCAUGGCCAUUGCAGGCUCCCCCUUGCCUCACCCCCACCGCUCCACUGCCUUCCAGAUGCCAUCGGUGCCUCCCCGCCAGCACAGCCUGCUGUCUGCUGAGGCGAGUCGCAACCUUCUGGUGUGUCUCCUUUGGGUGUUGAAGAACGCAGACGGAGCUGUGUUGCACCGCUGGCUUGCUGAUCUCUCUGCUCUGCACGUGAACCGUCUCCUUGACCUCCUCUACCUCUGUGUCUCGUGCUUCGAGUACAAGGGCAAGAAGGCCUUUGAGCGUAUCAACAGCCUCACCUUCAAGAAGUCUCUGGAUAUGAAAGCACGGCUGGAGGAAGCCAUCCUGGGCACUAUUGGGGCACGCCAGGAGAUGGUUCGACGCAGCCGAGAGCGUGGACCGUUUGGAACUCAAGAAAAUGUUCGCUGGAGGAAGAAUAUUGCCCACUGGAGGCAGAAUUCGGACAAGGUGGACAAGUCCAAGGAUGAGAUGGAGCAUGAUGCUCUAGUGGAUGGGAAUAUGGCCACAGAGGCCAACAUGGUGGUGCUGGACACUCUGGAAAUCGUUGUGCAGACCGUGAUCUUAUCGGAAGCCAAGGAGAGUGUCCUGGGUGGGGUGCUAAGGGUGCUUCUGCAUAGCAUGGGCUGUACACCUAGCGCGGCCUUCCUGGAACACUGCUUUGCCACCCAGAGGGCACUAGUGAGCAAGUUCCCGGAAAUGCUUUUUGAGGAGGACACAGAAUUGUGUGCCGACUUGUGUCUACGCCUUCUACGCCACUGCAGCAGCCGGGUGGGCACCAUCCGCACCCACGCGAGCACCUCGCUCUACCUCCUCAUGCGGCAGAACUUUGAGAUCGGCAAUAACUUUGCCCGAGUGAAGAUGCAGGUCACCAUGUCACUCUCCUCGCUCGUGGGAACUUCACAGAAUUUCAACGAGGAGCACUUGCGGCGCUCCCUGAAGACCAUCCUGACCUACGCUGAGGAAGACCCAGAGCUGCGAGAAACCACCUUUGCUGAGCAGGUUCAGGACCUAGUCUUCAACCUGCACAUGAUCUUGACAGACACAGUGAAAAUGAAGGAGCAUCAGGAGGACCCUGAGAUGCUGAUUGACCUGAUGUACAGGAUAGCGAAGGGGUACCAAACGUCUCCAGACCUGAGGCUGACGUGGCUGCAGAACAUGGCGGCGAAGCACUCUGAGCGUGGGAACCAUGCAGAGGCAGCUCAGUGUCUGGUGCACUCUGCUGCCCUGGUAGCUGAAUACCUGAGCAUGCUAGAAGACUGCCGCUACCUCCCCGUGGGCUGUGUCACUUUCCAGAACAUCUCAUCCAAUGUGCUAGAAGAGUCUGCUGUCUCAGAUGACGUCCUGUCCCCUGAUGAAGAGGGCAUCUGCUCCGGAAAAUACUUCACUGAGCAAGGGCUGGUGGGCUUGCUCGAGCAGGCGGCUUCCUCGUUUACCAUGGGUGGGCUUUACGAGGCUGUCAAUGAGGUCUACAAGAUCCUCAUUCCCAUCCAUGAAGCCAGCCGGGACUUCAAGAAGUUGGCAGUACUGCAUGGCAAACUGCAGGAUGCCUUCAGCAAGAUAACCAACCAGGCCUCUGGCUGGGAGAGAAUGUUUGGAACGUAUUUCCGGGUUGGUUUUUACGGCUGCAAGUUUGGGGACCUAGAUGAGCAAGAGUUUGUUUACAAGGAGCCUUCCAUUACCAAACUAGCUGAAAUCUCUCACCGACUUGAGGAGUUUUAUACUGAACGUUUUGGACACGAAAUGGUAGAAAUCAUCAAAGGCUCCAAUCCUGUGGACAAAGCCAAGCUGGAUCCGAACAAGGCAUACAUCCAGCUGACUUACGUGGAACCAUUCUUUGACACGUAUGAACUGAAGGAUCGUGUCACCUACUUCGACAAGAACUACAACCUGCGCACCUUCAUGUUCUGUACACCCUUCACGCUGGAUGGACGAGCGCAUGGCGAUCUGCAUGAGCAGUUCAAGCGCAAGACUCUGCUCACCACCUCGCAUGCUUUCCCCUAUAUCAAAACCCGAAUCAACGUCAUCCACAAGGAGGAGAUUAUUCUCAUUCCCAUUGAGGUGGCCAUUGAGGACAUGCAGAAGAAGACCCAGGAGCUGGCCUUUGCCACCCACCAGGAUCCAGCUGAUGCCAAGAUGUUGCAGAUGGUGCUACAGGGAUGUGUUGGCACCAUAGUCAACCAGGGCCCUCUGGAAGUGGCGCAGGUCUUUUUGGCUGAGAUCCCCGACGACCCCAAGCUGUAUCGGCACCACAAUAAGCUACGGCUCUGCUUCAAGGAUUUCACCAAAAGGUGUGAAGAUGCCCUUCGGAAGAAUAAGACCCUGAUUGGACCAGACCAGCGGGAGUUCCUCCGAGAGCUGGAGAGGAACUACCAGCGCCUGAAGGAAGCUCUGCACCCACUUCUCAACCGCAAGAUCCCUCAGCUCUACACCCCUGUGGCCCCCCAUUCUGCACACAGAAACUCCUUCAACAGAUUGAGUCUGCGGAAGAUUGAAGCCUAGAGAGAGGGUAGCCCCACUAAAAUGGACCACCUGAACUGUGGGAACCAGUUGCAGGGAUGAGCUAUUGACCUUCCCGUCCCCUGCGGUUUCAGCCCCACGGAGGGAUGUGCGGCUUUGCCCCUGCCUGAAAGAUCACGCUGAGGCUUCAGAGCCCCUUGCUGCCGUGUCGUUCCAGGCUCUCUCCAGGACGUGGAGCCAGUCUGUCGCUCCAACAGGGAGAAGAAUAUCUGUGGGUGAUGGCACUGGGAAUGACCUGGCUCCCACGUUUUCCCCAGACAAGGGCUGUGCUCCAUCCUCAGGAAGCUUCUCAAUGUACAGCCUUCCGGAUCUGUCACUCCAUCUGAGACCUUCUGCAGAACUUCUUCCCUGCUGAACUGAAGAUUUGCUUUGUGCACAUGGGCCUUGGAGCAGCUAGAUCUGAAAUCUUGGUUGUGGCUGUACUUGGAGGCUCGCCCACUGUGGAUUCUGUGUAGUCUUCUCUCUGACAGCUGGGGUCAGCCAGAGAACUUGGUCUGCCCCCUUUUCUCUUGCUCUGUGUUCAACUCCCCCUUUUGGCUACCAGCUAUUUGGAGCCGCCGGCUAUUCCUGAGUCAACAAGAAUGGCUGGCCCAAGUUCUAGAUAUCACUCCUGUCUCAGGGAAGAAGGCAGUGGUCGGUCUCUGGGAGUCAGAGGAUUGAAACCUAGGACACCUGGGUUCUAUCCCUUGCCUUGGGAGGUGAACAGGUCCUUCUGAUAAGAACUUGAUCUGCCUACCCAGAGCUUGGGCUGAAACCCAGGAGUUCUGAGUCAUGCUUCCUCUGCUCCUCACUCCACUCCCUCCCCAGGGGAUCCUGGCUGCCAGCUUUAUGUAGCCAGUCAUCAAGUGAUGGCCUCCUGCAGCUGCCUUCUGGAAUCCUCAACGUCGGCAUUUGCAACAUGGACCAAAGACCCUUUUCUAUUCCACAGGCCUCGUGCUAAACCCUUCCCACGGCAGGGCUGUUAUUCACACACACUCAAUCACAGCAGUGCCUUCUAAAGCAGGGUGGGUUUCUGUUCACCUGCCUUUGUCUAAUUGCCGAGGGAGGUGGUGGUGGGGGGACUGUGUGUGCAUUUGUCUCUUACAAAGAUGGGUAAGGAUGGGUGUCCCUUCCCUCCUCUUAAUGCCUCUCCCCCAUCUCUCCAAGCAAGCGGUGGGAGGAAAAUUCUCUCUGCAAGCUAGAGUUGAAUCUAGGCUUUGCUACACUGCAAGAGUGAGAGCAUUCAUGCUCACUCUUGAGUGAGUCCUGGGGGAGGUCCUGUCUAUGGAGGCAGGGUACAGGAUUUUAGGAGAAAUGGGAGCAUCCCGUUUCCUGCAUUAGGAAUGAUUUGAGGAUGGAGGACAACUCUAAAUGACUAGGGUGGAGGCAGGUUGGUUCUACCAGGGAGAGUAAAUCCAGGUUUACCUGAAAAUGAUAGGGAGUGUUUCAUCAAAACUACCCCAGACUCUGUGUCUGUCUGGGCUCCCUUGAUUUGGGCUUUGUUUGUCGUUACCCAGUUUAUCACUUCCUGCUAAAAUUAACUGAACUAAAGCAGAUGGAGGUGUGUGAAACUUGGUUCCAGAUUCACCCUUUUUAGUGUACAGGCACUGAGGGGGGGGGCAUUUUGACAGGGGAGCCUCCUACCGUUUCUCUCCCCCCCCCCUUCCCUUUGCAUCACCACACAAAGGCCUUUAAACUGACGGUUUCUGCUCUUUCUAACAGUAGAAGGCAAAAGGGCUCAAUCGCUUGCCUAUAGCCAAAGCUACAACUGCUUGGAUCCAAAAUGUGACCCCUGUUUUCUCUGGAUCAUAGUUUCCACUUUUCCUGCUUGUGCCAGACCAGAUAUUCGUGAUGUGUUGAAUGCCACCUUUGUGCCAUGGCCAGGUCUAUGGUGGGCAGAUGAGCCUUGAUUUCUGUCUUACUCUUCAAUGGCAGGGGUUGUAAAGAUAUUAUUUAUAACGCGGUGUUAAGAAAAACAUGCAAAGAUACUGAUUUUGUUCUUUUUAUUUAGUAGUACAGAGGUCUUGAUUCGUUUGCGCUUGGGGCACGUAGGGUGCUCAUGCCAUAAACUGACAUACAAGUACUAAUGGUGAAUCCUGAGAACCUCCGUUUCCAGUUUUGAACAGAUCAAGUUUCUGGUCCUUAUUGCUAGGAACAAAAGUUUGAGAAUGUGGGGCAGAUUUUGCUUAACACUUAUAGGGUGCACUUGGGGAAGUGCUAUUGUUGUCCCCCCAAAUCCCUGUUCCUUCUCGGUCCUGGCAUAGUUGUUUUUCUUCCCCCCCAAACAACCACAAUUCCUCCAUCCCCUAGCAUUUAUUUAUUUAUUCGUUUGUUACAUUUCCAUACCACCUAACAGCUAAAGAUCUCUGGGCAGUUCACAAAAGUUAAAAACAUAAAAUAUAGCAACAUGAUAAAACAUAAAACUUUAAAACGACCGUAUAAAACCAAAAUAAAACCCAGCACUAGUGUAAAGCGUUGACAAAACUGAGCGGCUCUAAGAACGCUUCCAAGCAUUUAACGAAUGCAAACUCUGAGCUUCAGCUGCCCGGUUUUCCCCAUGUGCAGAUUGUGGCUUUACUUCUGUGGCAGCGUUUCGGCCCUCUCUGCGCUGGUAUUUCAGACUCAUUAGGGCUGGAUGCUCAGGUUGGCCAGAUCCCUGGUGUGCCCCUAAACAGAAGCAGAGACCAAUGGGCAGGAGGAGCCCUUUGAUGCGAGAGGGGAGAAGGAAUUCUAGGGAGGAGGAGGCGAUGGUGGUCGUGAAGCAGUAUGAAAAGCAGGGGAGGGCCUCCUGCUAUGCAGAGCUUUCUUUGCCACCUUGGCAAGCCUGUCUCUGAUGUUCAGGAGCAAAAAGAAGGGAACCUGGCAGGUGGAACGGCAGAGUUUGAGGCCCAGGGUGGAAGAGCCAACCUGCAGGCAAAGGCAUCCCUGCAUCUGCCACGGGCAAGAUAGAAGUGCAGGUGUGUGUUCAGUAGAGCCCAAUUCUCUGCAGAGGGGUGGGUUGCUGCUGUAACUGAGCCUGGGCCAUAGAAUGUGGGCAGGGGUGGGUAGGAUGGGAGAAACACUGAGACUCCUGAAUAUGGGGGGCGGGGAGACACUCUCUGCUGAGUAGAUCUAGUGAAAGAAAGUGUGAUGGGGGGCUUUGGACAUCAAGUGCCACAGGAGGCCAGGGUUGGGUUUCCUGGUGUGUCCCGCAGUAACCCACACAGAGUAGAAAUGGGGGAAGCAUUCAUUGCUGAAGCUCUCAUGUGCACCUCAUUAUGCACUGUGGACUCUAAUCUCACCAGGCCGGUGUAGCUGUCACACUUCAAUAGAAAGACCCCCAUCCCCAGUGGGCAAUUGGCACACUCAAGAUUAAGGAUGUCCGAAGUUUGUUCUGACUGUAUCCGAUUUCUGUAUCAGGUUUCAAGCUUUUCCUUUUCGCACAAACAGUUCUGCUUAUUUCCCCAAAUGUAUGCACCAAUUCUGCACAUUUUAGAACUGUAUUCAUUUUCUCCCAUUGAUUAAAUCAUG